CCUCCAUCAUUUGAUAGGCGAGAACUGAUAAUGUUCGUCUGCCGGCCGACGGUUGCGUCUAUGGUUGAGAUCGAAACGUGCACAAGUAGGUAGCCAUGCUUAGCUCUUUUCAAGAUUAUUUAAGUGCAGCUGUGCAACUGAAGACCGCUCUCGUCAAAGCCAAACCCAGUAGACAGGAAUGGGAGCAAGCACCUCCCUUCUUACGGUGCACAGCAGCGGCUCCCGACAGCGUUCAGCGUGCACGGCAGGGUGGCUUUAGCAUCCAGUACAGCACCGCAUUGCAGCUGAAAGAACAGGGCAAUGAACUCAUCCCCAAGGAACCCGCGGCAGCCCUGGAGCGCUACACGCAGGCGCUGUCGGUGUUCCUCUGGUUCGACCGCGGACCCGACCGAGCGGCCGAGGACAUCCCCCUGCGCAGUGCUGCGGAGAAACUGCAGGGGGCGGAGCAGGAACAGUCACACCAACUGCUGGCCACGUGCUUCAGCAACGCAGCGGCCUGCCUGCUGAGGUUGGAGCAGCCGGCGGAUGCGGCGUACGCCUGCAGUAAGGCCCUGAAGUACGAUCCGUACAACGUCAAGGCGCUGUACCGCCGGGCCCUAGCGCAGCGCCAGACGGGCACCACAGCGGGUCUGGAGGCGGCUGCUGCUGAUCUGGCUGCAGCAAACCAGUUGGAACCCGGCAACAACCAAGUACGACAAGCGCUGGCUGCCGUACGACAGGAGCUACGGGAACAGCGCAGGAAGGAGCGCGACAUGUACGGCGACAUGUUCCAGCGAGGAGGGGCGCUGUACGACGACCACGACGACCAGCCGGCCGGGCCCGCUGGCAGGGGCGGCACGGCUGCUGCUGCUGCUGCAGAAGGGGACAUAACCGCCUCCCAGCGGAGAGGGGCGCAGAGUGCGGGAAGGGCAGCAGCGGAGGAGGAGGAGGAAGAGUAUGACGGAGAGGAGGGCUGGGACCCUGAGGACUUGUUGUUUAAGGAGGAGGAGGUGCAGAGGCGCAAGGUGGGUGUCCACCUCUCUGCUGCCGUACCUAGACUACAGCUGGGGGCUGCCCCUCCCCCGCCGUACCUGCAGGUCUCGAGGGCUCUACCAAGUGCAGCACCAGCACGCUUAGAGCAGCCAUACCCAUACUCCCGGCCCCACCUAGACUCCUGUACUUCCUGUAUUGAGCUCCGGGCACCAUUGCGCACCUCUGUACAUGCUUCUUCUCCCUUUUCCCUUUUCUCCUUUCUUCUUUUUUGACUAGCGUAUUACCGACUUGUCGAUACGCGCUAUUCCCUAUUGCCCUCAAACGUGGUUUCCAUUAGCACGGGUGGUGGUUUCCCUUUUACCCCUACUCCUAUAUCCUCCCCCUCCUCCUCCUCCUCAGGCCCGCUCCGCCGCCGCCCAUCGCGAGGCCGACCAGGUGUUCCGCCGCAUGAAGCGCUCCCUGGCC